AGAGUGUGAUUGUUAAUGUUAUGUUGUAUGUGAAGUGAGAAACAAACCAAAUCGAUGAGUUUGAAAACACUAGCAACCUCUCCUCUUUCAGUGAUCACAUUUGUGGUCCUUCUUCUCGCUCUCUAUCUCAGAUUUUCCAUCAAAUUCGACUCCGCACAACCGGCACAGAGGUUGUUCAAUGCUGAAGAGCUUGCAUUGUUCAAUGGAACUGAUGAAGGGUUGCCAAUUCUUCUAGGAAUUCUUGGAUCUGUGUAUGAUGUAACAAAGGGAAAAUCUCAUUAUGGUUCAGGAGGGGGCUACAAUCAUUUUGCUGGAAGGGAUGCUUCUCGCGCGUUUGUGUCAGGAAAUUUCACAGGAGAUGGUCUCACCGACUCAUUACGCGGUCUAUCUAGCGCUGAGGUGAAGAGUGUCAUUGAUUGGAGGGAUUUCUAUUCCAGAACUUAUAAGUACGUUGGCAAACUAGUUGGUCGAUACUACGAUAGCCAGGGAAAUCCUACUAAAUACUUGAAAGGGGUUGAAGCAAAGGCCGCCAGAGGUGCACAGCUUCUAGAAAAGCAGAAGACUGAAGAGGCUAAGCAACCUGCAUGCAAUUCAAGAUGGAGUCAAGAUGAAGGUGGAGAGGUAUGGUGUGAAGUUGGCUACCCUAGGUUGGUUCAGAGGCCACUUGAAAUUGCGAUGACCGGGAAGAUGAGCAGGCGUUGUGCUUGCUUUGAAGAGUCUCAGCUGGGCCAAACUGGUUUAGAACUAUAUGAAGGGUGUGAUUACCAUGCUAACAGGUGUAAAGCCUAAUCAAUAAUCUAACACCCAUAGGGAAAUUCCUUUAUGGGGUAUAUGUAUGUAUUUACAUGUGUGCUCAAAUAUGUAUACUAAAGUUUAAUUUAGUGAAGCUGGGGAUUUUUUGUCAUGGCAA